AUGAUUAUUGAUAUUUUACAAAUUAAAAAUUCAACUGAUAUUAUUUUUACUGGUCGAGUUCUUGCAAUUCAUCAAUGGUCGAAUAAUCAUCCAUAUUCAGCAUUUGUUUGGGUUUUUCGAAUAUUUCAUGGAGAAUCUCAUUUACAUAAACAUUAUCAAUUGACAAAAUUACAACAACCACUCUAUGUCAUUGUUGAUAAUUUAGUAAUAUGUGAAGAAAAUUCACCAUUAAAAUAUUACGAUGUGAAAAUAUUUAGUGUUCGAAUUAGCCAUGCACGAUUUUAUUCAAGUUUUACACCGUUACCAGUUACGCUAGCAAAUAUAAAAGCAAUCGAGGGUAAAAUAAAGUUAUUUCAUUGA